AUGGCCUUUGUGCCAGUUGCUUUCGCAUGCGGCAAGGACAGGUCUCUGGCACUGCAAACAGCAUUAGCAAAGAUCGAGGCUGGUGAAAUCGGAAGCCUGGAUCCCCGCGGAUUCUUCCUGUGUUCAAUUUGCGGCCAGCAAGGCUUGGGUUUGCUCCAGAUCGUCGAGCACGAGGAAGAUUGCCGGCGGCGUCUCAACCAAGAAGGUCAUGUGUCCCUUGCGGAGAAGUAUACUGUGACAAAGGAGCUGAACUUGCUGAAGACAGAGAUUGCCCAGGCUGAGAGUGCAGGUGACGAGGAGUCCCGCGCUAUGCUUGCGCUCACGCUGGAUCGGCUUCGGGAUGUUGCCCGGAACGCGUGCUUUCUGGAGGAGAAGAAAUAUCGUCGACUGCGUCUUUCAAAUCCGGCUGUGUCAGAGGCUAUUGGAAAGUGGGAUGCAGCGAAGAGGAUCUUGCAGGCUCUGGGCUUCGAGCUCGUCCUGCACACAAACAAGUCAGGUGCAGGUCCUGAGCCUCACUUGAUACUUCCUGGUCAACUGCCUGAGUCGACCCUUCAGGAGUUUCUGGAUGCUCUGGACGGCAAGACUGAUCAGCAGAAUGCUGCAGAGCAACUGCCUUCAUCCACAGCAGAGUCUAUGCUGGAGGAAUGUUCGUACUGUCAUCGCAGGUUCCGGUUUGAUCGAAUCGCCAAGCAUGAGACACGGUGUCCUGAAUCCAAGCCAAAGCCUGCCAAGCUUGAUGUGGUCCGGAAGCUGCUUGCUGGAACUCCAGGGGAGCAGCAUAUUCCUGCAGCUCGGCAAGAUCUUCAAAAUGGCAAGAAGCUGCCACCAUUGAUGGUCAAGCCAAAGGAGUCAUGGCUGGCAGACGGACUAGACGGACUUUGCGAAUGUAGUCGCUGUGGGCGUCGCUUUUCGCAGGAGGCCCUAGAGAAACACGCGCGACACUGCAGCGCAACCCCUCGACAUGCCUCAGCUCCACAUGUUUCGCGUGAGAGCAUGCCAUGCCAAUCACAGGCGCGAACUGCCGGAGACCGGCCGUUAUCGAGUAGAAGCGUGAAGUCGAAAACCGUCGCACCAUCCCGCGAGCAAAAGGAAAAUAGAUCCAACAAGAUGAAUGGAAUUGCUGCAAGCCAGCGAAGCGUGAACGGGUCGCUGCCGGGUACAGACGCAGCAAUCCAAAAGCGCUCUUGCGGCCGCGCUUCUUACGAGCAAUUAGAGGUGGAUGUCUCGAACUGGCUGGAUGACUGA